AAACCCUUGGCAAACGUAACGUCAACCGGUCGGUUAACCGAUCAAUGAGUACACGGUGAGAAGAACCAUUGUUCGCCGGUUACUGUGACAAAUAUACGUGUAAUUUUGCAAUAAAUUUUCACGUGAUCGCCGCUGUCAAUCGGCGUGGCAUUUUAUUUUGAAGUAAACUUUGAUGAGAAAGUAGGCCUAGUGCCCUUUUCCAGUAAUUUAAUUUAGACGAACUUUACGAAGUAAUAAGAAACCCGCCGGCGGCUCUCUCCCAGCGAGGCACAAUGGAGGGCAGUUUUACGGCAGCAAAUGUUGAACAACAGUUGUGGAAAUAUGCGGAGGUUGCCAAGCUGUACCUUAAUGAUGCUCGGGUGAAGGUCAAUGACUGUUGCUCGGAUCAAGAACCAUGGCAACUGAUUGCAAUGUCGGUUGGGAUCACAAUCAUUUUGGCAUGGCUGUACAACUGGAUGAGGCAUCCACUACUUACAAUACCUGAGCGAAUUAAGAUGUCAUUCUUCAAGACUUUCCGUAGUCUACCGUUUGUCAAACAAGUGGUCAAGAAGGAAAUGGAGAAGUCCAAGGCUGCUGUGACUCGCAGUUUAAACUGCAUGAAAGAUGGGGAGGUAUACCUGAAGGCCCUCCCCAUGAAAGGAAUGUCUGAGAGUGCUGUACUCAGGAGAAUCAAGAAUGGAUACCAUGCCAUGGAUGAGAUAGACUGGAAGAAAGGCAGAGUUUCUGGCUGUGUGUAUGGGGGAACGGAUGAACUGUCAUCCCUCUGUGCAAAGGUGUAUAAAGACUUCGCAUGGAGUAACCCCCUACAUCCUGACGUUUUCCCUAGUGUGCGACGCAUGGAGGGGGAAGUGGUGGCCAUGUGUUUAUCUAUGUUCAGUGGGGGACCAGACUCCUGUGGAGCUAUGACUUCAGGAGGGACGGAGAGCAUCCUUAUGGCAUGUCUGGCCUGCAGGGAACGGGCCAGAGAAAGAGGGAUAGAAUUUCCAGAAAUCCUGGCCCCUGUGAGUGUGCAUGCAGCCUUUGACAAGGCGGCACACUACUUCCGUAUGAGGCUGGUCCACAUCCCACUGGAUAAGAAAACCCACGCUGUCAAGGUCAAGGCAAUGAAACGAGCAAUCAGUAGCAGAACCUGCAUGCUGGUUGGGUCAGCACCUUCAUUCCCCACUGGAGUCUUUGAUGAUAUUGAGGCAAUUGCUAAGCUUGGUGAGAAAUACGACAUCCCCGUCCAUGUAGAUGCCUGUCUAGGAGGAUUCCUCAUCCCGUUCAUGGAUAAAGCCGGCUUCCCUGUACCGCCUUUUGAUUUCCGGUUGAAAGGUGUAACAAGCAUUUCUGCAGACACUCACAAGUAUGGCUUUGCCCCGAAAGGUUCCUCCGUCGUUCUCUAUAGUAACAUGGAGAUGCGCCGUCGUCAGUUUUUUGUGGCACCUGACUGGCCAGGAGGCAUUUAUGCGUCACCAUCAAUUGCAGGCAGUCGUCCUGGAGCAAUCAUCGCUGCUUGCUGGGCUACCAUGGUCAACAUUGGAGAGGCUGGAUAUAUUGAGAGUACACGCCAAAUCAUCCGGACAACCAGAUACAUGCUGACUGAACUGAAGAAGAUUAAGGGAAUCUACGUGCUUGGCGAGCCAUUAGUCAGCGUGAUUGCAUUAGGGUCAAAUGACUUUGACAUCUAUCGUCUGUUUGGUGACCUGACCAAGCGGGGCUGGAGUCUGAAUAACUUACAGUUCCCUCCAAGUUUCCACAUGUGCGUGACCCUGCGACACACCUUCCCCGGUGUAGCAGAUGGGUUUGUGCGGGAUGUGAGAGAUGUUACGGCUGCCUUGUUGAGUGACCCUACAGCAAAAUGCCAAGGCUCGGCGGCAGUCUAUGGUACCUCUCAAAGUAUUCCGGAUCGUAGCCUUGUGGCUGAUGUAGCGAGGUCUUUCUGGGAUGUUUGCUACAGCACUGAGGACAUCAAGACCGUCAGUAAUGGUAUCCAGGCUUGAGAGGUAUUACAGAGGCACUUUACUGUCAGCAGCCCACUAAAAACUAGCUACCCAAUGUCGUAAAAGCUGCUUGGCAGAAAAAUCUUGCUUAGUACACUUUAUAGGUGGAGUACCACGCACAAGCAAUAUACCAACCAUGAGUUCUUCGUUGGUAACCUGUUCUUGCUUAGCAAAUAUUUUCAAUGUUAAGCAGAUUUCCAAGCUUAUCAACUUUAUACAGUUGAGCAAUUUUAAUCAUUUAAUCUUCCUGAGGUGAUGGGGCUGUUUUUAAUACCACAAGUGAAAGCAUUUCAUUUUAGUCCUUAUCAUAACUUCAGCACACCUAGUGCAAUAGAAUCAAAGGAGCCUGUUGAGUGUUAUAAUGUAUCUGUUUUCAAUGUGGAAUUUACUGGAAAGCCAUUUGUGCAAUGUAAAAAUCAUAUUGAAAUCGGAGGUUUGGGGACUGUUAGGGUCAAUUGCUGUAAUACAUUCCGAACCACAAAUGAAGUCAAGAUUUGCAAAAUGGCCGUGGUUAAAAAUCCAAUUGGUAUUCCAAUCAUUUGUACUUGUUACUCUUGAAGACAUUAGGUGUACUCAGUAUCUAAGAAGGGGAUGUGCUUUUUGAUGUAAAAUAUGGAAGGCAGCCGUUAAAUGGAGUCUGAUGGAACAUCUGUUUCUACAAACUGAAUUCAGUGAAACAAAAUGAAAUUUCAAUGUCUGAGACAUAACUUGAGUAAAACUAUGAGAGUGUAUAAGUUUGUGGUGUAAUGAAAUGUUGAUUUGAAGUGAGGUAGAAUUUUUUAACGUGGUUUGAUGUGUUUGAUUUUGAUUUUUCAGUAUUGACUCUAUGAAAAUGGAAACUAACAAACCUUGCUGGAUUAUCAAUGCAAAGUCAUGGAUUAUUAUUUGCAUUUAUUAAACGGGUACUAAUAUUUUAGUCAGGUCCUUUGCAGUUCCAUGCCAAGUAUAUUACAAGUCAGUUCACAAGUUUUUGCUACAAGUAACAAGGGAUGACUGGUGACAAAAGAAGGCUUUGCAGUGCUGUAGUCGAGACACAAGACCUGUCUCAGGCAACAGGAUUGGUAAUAACAAAGGAACGUUUUCAGUGGAGUUCGUUUGAAUAGUAGGUGACUUGAAUUCAGGCUUUAGGUCUUGGAAUGUUCUCUUUGGGAUCUUAUGAUGGUCAUAAGAGGUCUCGACUUCAGCACUAGGACUUUUACAGAGUUCUGAUUUCCUUCGGACUGGACGACUAACCAUUGAUUUCUGAUAAGCUACUCACAGACAUGUCAGGAUAUUUGUUAAGUCAUGAUGUUAUUGCAUGAGAUGGAAUAGGCGCCCGAAUGUGGCACCCUGAUUUUCAAACUUUGUUGCUAAAUUUAUAAACUUGGUGGCUACUGUUUUAACGUUGGCGGAAGAUGAGAAAAUUUGACAGGCUGCCAGGCACCUUCGAUAGGUUGGAGGACACUGGCCUAAUGAGGACUCGUCAUACAAGCCUAGAGAGCACUCCUCAUACACUGGACCGCUGGCUAAUGUGUCCUGACGGAAAGCUUCUUAGAAGACACACAGUUAGUCUAAAGUCUUGGCAGCUGCUAACAAUAAGACUAUGCCAAUGUUAGCAACUGCCUAACAGACAUAUCCACUUCCCAUUGGCACGUGACUGCCGGCUAUGGCUAAGACUGUAGUAUGCCGUCCAAUGUGUGGUUCACACUCAGGGCUCAUAAAGUGGAUGUCAUGGAGCAUUUGCGGCCAAAUUUACCUAAGUUGAACUUGACUCAGCUGUUGUGAACUUUCAGCAUGGAGACUGGCCUUGGCUUCAUAAAUUUAUGUUUGCUUUGGAAUUAAAUAUAAAUUGACCUUUAGUAUCUAAGAAAGUUAGUCAUAUGCAGUAUUGUAGUCGAGUCCAUCACAAGUCCCUUCGUAAGUUUGGUCACAAGUCCUGACUCCUCACACAAGAGCAGGGUGAAGAGUAACAAAGGAAUGCUUUUGUUGCAGUUCAUUUGAAUAGACUGUGACAUAGCUUGAGACUGGACGGUCUGUGGUGGACUUGAAGGGACUCAUCUACAACACUGGUUAUGUAAUGUUCAAUGUUAUAUAUAAAUACAUCUUGAAAAAGAUAAUGUUCAAUGAUUUUGUGCGAUUUAUAACACAUUCAGCACAUUCCAAUUCUUGAAAGUUUUCCGACAAAUAUUGGUUUUCUUUUAAUUUUUUAUGAUAUUAAAUGCAUUAUAGUGGUUUUACUUCUCUUAUAGCUCCUGUUUGCUGCGAUAAAGCUCAGUACUGAGCGACCCAUGUUUGAAUUCUUUGGGUUGGCUCUCAAAAGGACUGAAUUGUUUCUGGUGCUGCAUGUACAACAUUGUCUCACUCUAACGUCCCUAACAUUUCUCUGGUCCAAUGUUGCAAUAUUCUGGUGGAACAUGGACAUGCACAGCCCAGUCACUGUUACUUUCUGCGAGCUUGGUUAUCCUAGUUGUCUUCAGAUAAUGUACAAGUCCACUGUUUGGACUUUGGGUCGAUUCAGAGAGCUUCCUGGAAGAAAGAGCUUGGAGGUCUCAGUCAUAAACAUUAUUGAGACAAUUAUUAGGAGCACAUAAAGUCCAUCAGAUUUGGGUCAAGGGCAGAUCUGGGGAGGGAGAUAGGCUAACAGGGGCCAAAGGAAUUCCUGUCCUCACAGUUUGGGGAAAAAAUGGAGAAAAGGGAUUUGUUGGUCUAUUUCCUUUUCCAGUCCUUCUAAAAGCACGUACACUGUAAAAUGUCAAAGCCAUCAAAAUGUAAUCCUCAAUCCUCGGGAAGACCAUAAAAAGUUACAUAAAGAAUUCCCCAAAUUUGGGACCCUCAACAAAUUUUGCCCCCCCCCUGAAAAUUUGGUUCAGGAUCCACUCUUGAUUUUGGCCAGAUAAAAUUUUUGGCAGUAACAAGAACCUGUCGGAUGUUAUCAUUGCAGAGUCGCUGUAUUAAAUAUUUCAAAUCAUGUUGACUGUAUAAACUUAUAACUGACUGUUGGUGAUUACUAAUCGUAGUACUACAUCCACUCUAUUCACUUAGAUUUGUUGGUGUAUUCCAAAUACAUGUAUGUGUAUUCUUUGGUGCACAUUAUCGAGAUACGUCUGGAAUAACAAGGCAUUUUGUCAAUGAAUAUUUCUGGUAAUCCAACCUGGAAGAGAAAAAAAAGACAAGAUUCUCUAGUUCACAUAUUAAAUUCCAUGUAGAUGAAAUACCCAAGGGUAGCUGUAAUCAACUUGUUUAAUACAAACCUUCAA